CUUGUCUUCUGGACUCAACUAACUGGGCUAUACAGGGAAGUGAGACAAAUCGAGACUCUAGGCCGUCCGGUAGAAAUUGACAUCAAUUUAAAGUCAUAACAAUUGGCGACGGGGUGGAGAAAAAUUUUGAACCUUGUAAUUGGACGCGAUUCAGGCUAAUUGUUUCGACCAAUCAGCAUCCAGAUUGUCACCAGCGUCCUUGAGCAACAUUGGUCAUUAUUCCUACAGUUAAUUUUCAUUGCUGGUACUGAAAAAAAAUGACUACCUGUUCCGAUCAAUUACAGCUUCUACUUGAGCAACAACAGCAGUGCUUCAAAAAUAGCCAGUUGAAUUUUUUAGAAAAUUUACGCACACUGUUGGUAAAUUUUCCAUGUUUCGGAAAUGCAACAGAAGUUGGUAAUUUCAUUUCUCAUCUGCAGACUGAGCUGGAAAACAACUGCAGAACAUAUGAAGCUGCCUAUAAAAGCCUCUGUGAAUCCCGGACGACCAGUGAUGUAAACGAGACAAUCAUUCAUGAUCCGCCCAGUUGUUCAGAAAUGUCAAAUUCAGAAACAUUCCCUGUUGUGGGUUCAAAUCCCACUGUGCCUGAAAGAUGUGAGGUAUCCAGCUUACAAGAAGAACCUCUCGUGUCAGAAAAUGUUUCCCGUGCAUCAAAUAAUGGUCAGAAAUCUAAUACGAAUUUCAAAGAUGCUGUUUGUUUUAGUGACCUAUUAUCCAGUGAUAGAAUUUUGAAGAGGUCUGAAGAAUAUGUUGCACAAGAAUCAAACCAUAAGGACCUCAUGUCUGGUGUCGCUAAUCCUCAUCAUCUAGUCAGUCUUAGUGAACCCUCUACUCAAUGCGCGAAAUAUGCUUUAAUUCGAAUCAGACUAACUGUUGCUUGGGUAUAUGAGGACCCAACGUUAUUUCGUGGGGGAGGAUGAACCCAGAAAAUUUCAAAAUCCGG